GAUUUUGGAGAUGAUGGAUCCUUGUACAUUACUAAGGUUACCACAACUCAUAUGGGAAAUUACACCUGCUAUGCUGAUGGCUAUGAUAAGCUCUAUCAAACUCAUAUUCUCCAAGUGAACGUUCCACCAGUCAUCCGAGUCUAUCCAGAGAGCCAGGCAAGGGAGCCAGGUGUGACAGCUAGCCUUCGGUGCCAUGCUGAAGGUAUUCCCAACCCACAACUUGGUUGGCUGAAGAAUGGAAUUGAUAUCACUCCGAAGUUGUCCAAACAGCUAACUCUUCAAGCAAAUGGCAGUGAGGUUCACAUUAGCAAUGUGCGCUAUGAAGAUACAGGAGCAUAUACUUGUAUUGCAAAGAAUGAAGCAGGAGUGGAUGAAGACAUUUCUUCUCUUUUUGUAGAAGAUUCUGCUCGAAAGACCCUUGCAAACAUAUUGUGGCGAGAGCAAGGUCUGGGAAUUGGGAACAUGUUUUAUGUUUUUUAUGAAGAUGGCAUCAAAGUAAUACAACCAGUGGAAUGUGAAUUUCAGAGACAUAUUAAGCCUAGUGAAAAACUCCUCGGUUUUCAGGAUGAAGUUUGUCCCAAAGCCGAAGGAGAUCCCGUUCAGCGGUGUGUAUGGGCAACUGCUGUUAAUGUAAAAGACAAGUUCAUUUACGCAACUCAGCCCACACUUGACAGAGUUCUUAUCGUUGAUGUACAGUCUCAGAAAGUUGUACAGGCAGUAAGUACAGAUCCUGUUCCAGUGAAACUACAGUACGAUAAAUCACAUGAUCAAGUCUGGGUGCUGAGCUGGGGAAGCAUGGAAAAGGAUUCACCAACUUUGCAGGUGAUAACGCAAGCCAGUGGGAGUGUUUCUCAUCACACAAUCCAUACUCAGCCAGUGGGAAAGCAGUUUGACAGAGUGGAUGACUUUUUCAUUCCGUCUACAACCCUCAUCAUUACCCAUAUAAGGUAA